UUCAUUGGGCACCAAAGAAUGUGUCCACAUGAUACUGGAAAAUCAAGAAUAGCUCCACCACCACCACCAUCCGCAGCUGAUCCACCGACGGUUCUGGCUCUGCCUGAUAACAAACUAAAUGAAUGGUCCACCGGCUUCUGUAGCUGCUAUGAGGAUUGUUCAAGCUGCUUCACCGCUUGCUGCUGUCCUUGCAUCACGUUUGGCCAAAACGCCGAAAUCAUCGACCGAGGAACCACAAGCUGUGUAACAGCGGGGCUGGUUUAUUUGUUGCUGGCGCCCGUAUGCUGUUCGUGCGCGUACACAUGCACGUAUCGGAGGAAGCUAAGGAUCAUGUACGGCUUAAAAGAAGGCCCUUGUGCUGAUUACGUCGUUCAUUGUUGUUGCCAUUUCUGUGCUGUUUCCCAAGAACAUAGGGAGCUUCAAAACCAUGGCUUUGACCCUUCCGUAGGAUGGAUCACCAAUGCUGACAGGUUGAACCGCGGCGGAGCCAGGCCAAUGGCACCUCCAAAUACGGCAGCACCCAUGGCUCGUUAAUUGUGAGAGAUGGUUGGAAUUUCUUCAUGCGUAUAUUCAAAGUUUAAAUUGAGUAGCCUUAGUUGGUGAAUUAUCUAUGAGCAUCUAUGAUGAUUUGUUAUAAAUUAUCACUUAAGUUCUUUU